AGCUGAGACAGACAUCGACAGAGGUGACGUGACCGAGAGCACUUAAAAUUCUAUUUUACACGGGAAUUUGCAAUUUGCUAAGUUAAUCAUGCCAGUCACAAAGGUUCAUGCCCGAGAGAUCUUUGACAGCCGUGGAAACCCUACGGUUGAGGUUGACCUCACAACCGAAUUGGGUACCUUCCGUGCUGCUGUACCGAGUGGUGCUUCAACUGGGAUCUAUGAGGCCCUGGAGCUCAGGGACAAGGACCCCAAAAGGUUCCUGGGCAAAGGUGUUGAGAAGGCAGUAAGUAACAUCAAUGACAUCCUUGGUCCCGCACUUAUUGCAAAGAAUGUGGAUGUGACAAAACAGGGUGACAUUGACAGAUUGAUGCUAGAUCUUGAUGGAACUGAUAAUAAAACUGAGCUUGGAGCCAAUGCCAUCUUGGGUGUCUCCCUAGCCGUGUGCAAGGCUGGAGCAGCCCAUAAGAAUGUCCCACUCUAUAGACACAUUGCUGAUCUAGCUGGCAACUCAAAUGUUGUCUUGCCAUGCCCAGCUUUUAAUGUGAUCAAUGGAGGUAGCCAUGCUGGUAACAAGCUUGCUAUGCAGGAAUUCAUGUUGCUUCCUACCGGAGCUAGCUCAUUCAAGGAAGCGAUGCGCAUGGGAGCUGAGAUCUACCAGAACCUCAAGUCUGUCAUCAAGAAGAAGUAUGGGCAAGAUGCUACCAAUGUAGGAGAUGAAGGUGGAUUUGCUCCUAACAUCUUGGACAACCAAGAAGCAUUGAACCUGAUCAUGGAAGCCAUUGAGAAGGCCGGUUACUCUGGUAAGAUUGAGAUUGGGAUGGAUGUAGCUGCUUCAGAGUUCCACAGAGAUGGCAAAUAUGACCUGGAUUUCAAGAACCCCAAGACCAACCCCAACGACCAUAUCACCUCUGACCAACUUGGUGAUAUCUACAUGGGUUUCAUCAAAGAUUAUCCAGUUGUGUCGAUUGAGGAUUGCUUUGACCAAGAUGACUGGGCAGCCUGGACCAAGUUCUGCGGUUCUACUGAUAUCCAGAUCGUCGGUGAUGAUUUGACUGUUACCAACCCCAAGCGUAUCAAACGGGCCGUCGAUGUGAAGGCCUGUAACUGCCUGCUUCUCAAGGUCAACCAGAUUGGAUCUGUCACAGAGUCCAUUGAGGCGUGUAAGCUUGCCCAGAGCAGUGGAUGGGGUGUGAUGGUAAGCCAUCGUAGCGGUGAGACCGAAGACACAUUCAUUGCUGACUUGGUGGUUGGUCUGUGCACUGGACAGAUCAAGACUGGAGCUCCAUGCCGAUCAGAGAGGCUUGCUAAAUACAACCAGAUCCUCAGGAUCGAGGAAGAGCUAGGAAACAAAGCAAUCUUCGCUGGCAAGAAGUUCCGCCAUGCUAUCAAUCUCAUCAAGUAAAGAUGUCUAACUCAUUGGCCGAUGGAACUAGAAUAUCACGCUUUUUAAUACCUUUUGUAACACAAGUAUGAAUAGCCAUAGUUUAAUAACCUCCCAAGAAAGGUAUGCAGGUAUUUGUGAUGGUCUGAUUAUUUUCCUCUGUUUGAGAAUAUGCUCUUGGAAGACGUGGCUGAUAGUUGUUGUUCACUGCAUGUUAUUGAUAUUCUCUUAAACUGGAAGUACUGGAAUCUAUAACCAAUAUGUAUGUUAGCCAACUCUGUCAUAUCCUAUGUACCCUAGAUGUUCAAAAUGUCUCCCUCUAACACCUACUUUAUGCCAGCCGUUCACUGAGCUUAGCUCCUGUGAGGCGAUGUGACAUGUUGAACAAUGAUUUUGGAUGGUGCCCUCUUUGAGCAAUAAACGGUCAAGAAAACACUCCAUACAUUACCUUGAUAUAACAUUUGUGUCAUUGUGUACCAUCACCAUCAUUAUUCUGUGAGUUUUCAUUGUAUCACUUACAAUUUGAAAAAUGAGUGAUCUACAAUUUAGUCUUCUCCGUUUCCAAAUGAGAACAGUCUACCAUGAUUAUUGUACUAUCCAUUAACAGGGAUGCUAUAUAUUGCAUAUCAGUGCAAAGUGGAAUUGAAUCUAGAGGCUUUAUAUUUAGUACGAUGAUCAGUAACCUAGAAACCAAAACGAAUUGACUGGUUAGUACUUGCUGUGUGCUGUGAACUGAUUUUUCUUUUCUUUUCCAAACACUGCCUCCAAAUAUGGAAUAUUUGAAAGAAGUGGACUGGCACUCACAAUCCCUCAUGGCUCACAAAAUGAACAAAUUUCAAAGCUCUUAUUUUAUUCAUAAUUGUUACACUUUUGCUUACAAGUGUUGCUUCAUUGCUCUAUGGGAUCAAUGGUGUAGUGCUAAUUUUUUCUUUUAGUGGGUGAAUCGCUCUGGAAAAAAAUCUAAGGCUGUAUGAUUAGAAGUGUCUCAAAUACAGUGCUCCUAACUAAUUCA